UCAUUGCAAUACCACAUGUUGGGGAUCUCUCUCUCGAUCAAAUUCAAGAAAUGAUGGCUUCUUUUCCAUCUUUGUGGUUUGUGGUGCUCAUUUUGUUGAUAAGCAGCACCAGUUAUGUUGCUGCUUAUUCAGUCAACCCCGCUCCUCAUGACGGGCUUUUUCCAAAUGGAAACUUUGAAGAAGGACCAAAAGCAUCAAAUCUGAAGAACAAGGUGAUCGUAGGUAAAUUCUCCCUUCCCAAAUGGGUGAAGAAGGGUUUAGUGCAAUACAUAUCAGGUGGACCCCAACCAGGUGGCUUCUACUUUGCGGUUCCACGUGGUGUCCACGCGAUAAGACUAGGGAAUAGAGCCUCAAUAUCCCAACAUUUAAUAGUAAAAAAAGGAUCAUACUAUUCUCUUACAUUUAGUGCAACAAAGACUUGUGUGGAAGAGGAAGUUUUAAGGGUAUCAGCUUGUAAAGACUCAGCCGAUUUACCAAUUCAAACGUUAUAUAGUAGUGAUGGAGGGGAUACUUAUGCUUGGGCCUUUAAAGCUACUUCUAAUGUUGCUAAGAUCACUUUCUAUAAUCCUCACGUUCAACAAGAUCCUACUUGCGGACCACUAUUGGAUGCUAUUGCUAUCAAGGAGAUGUUGCCUCUACCCAAACCAACAGGAAACAUUGUUAAAAACGGGGACUUUGAAAUUGGUCCUCAUGUAUUCAAGAACUUCUCAACCGGGGUUCUUUUAUCUCCACAUUCGAUGGACGUUGUUUCUCCACUCCAAGGCUGGAUUGUUGAAUCUCUCAAACCAGUAAAAUAUGUAGACUCAACACACUUCUUUGUACCUUCAGGAUCUUAUGCUAUUGAAUUAAUUGGAGGAAGAGAAAGCUCGAUAGCUCAAAUUAUACGAACAAUACCUAACAAAUCUUAUCUCCUUACCUUUACCAUUGGAGAUGCCGAAAAUGAAUGCACGGGAGAAAUGACGGUGCAAGCAUUCGCCGCCAAGGAAGAGGUUAUAGCUCACCAUAAGUCUCAUGGAAAGGGUAGUUUUACACAUGCAAGUCUCAAGUUUAAGGCUAUUUCUCAUAGAACUAGGUUGACAUUUUGGAGUGGAAUGUACCACACUAAAGUUCAUGAUUUUGGAUCCUUGUGUGGUCCUGUCUUGGAUGAUGUUAAGGUGGUACCUCUUUAUUGAUUUACGGAGUGUUAUAAAAAAGAUGUAUAAUUAAUUCAAUUUAAAUGAUUUCUGAUGUAUGAGAUUCAUAAAAUUAAAAUCAUCUAGGAAAGCUUUGUGCAAUAAUUUGAUUUUGAAAAGUAAAUCGUGAAUUACCUUUGGAACCCAAGUUCUUAUAUGAGACUGUCCUCACC